ACAACGAACGCUCCACCCACUCCACCAUUCCCCAUUUCUCCCCUUUCUCCCCUGCUCUAUCCUCCCCUCGCUUCUAGAGCUCCGCCCGAGAGAGGCGAAUUCCAUGUUGGUCUAUGGAGUCCAGCUACGCAUUUCUCCGGCGAGCUACGGGUGGCCGGUGCGUGAUGGCGAGGACCACGGUGGCGAGCUCGGAGAGCAGCGGGAUGAUGUUGCGGCAGUCAGCGCGUGGCUCGGCCAGCGGAGCUGUUCGGGGGGCCUCCGCGCAUCGUUUGUGCGCGUGCGCUGCUUGCUCCCCGCGCCGCCGCGGCCGGCGACGAGUUCUCUCUCUCUCCCUCUCUCUCUCGACCAGAUCCGUUUUGACGUCUUUGUCCGUACAGAGGAGAUCAGCCGCCGUCGGUGGUUGCGGUGUUGAGGGCUUGCCGCAGGUGACCAGGGAGGACAAUGGCGGUGGAGGAGGCGAGAAUGGCACCUGGGCUGGCGGGCGCGUGGUGCUGAGCAGUGGCUCGCAGGCGCGGUUGCGGCGGCACGAUACUUGGCGCCCGCGGGGUGACCGGGUUGAGCCUGUUGCUCGCGGCGCACGGUGGCCAUGGUGAGUCGGCUGAUCACAGCAUCCAAUGGCAGCUCACCGAGACACACCGACGGAAGCGCAUGGAGAAGCACAACGCAUCUGCUGCUUUUUCGUUGCUGGCAUGCGCUCCUGAAGCGGGAAGCUCCAGCCUAUGUGCACUGCAAAAUCUGGGCUUUAAUCUGGCCCAACAUAGAAACAGUCGGGCUUUUUUCGCUACCAGCUGUAGGGUCGACAGGGAGGGGCGUUCGGGCUUGGGGGGCUCUCCUCCCGAACGAAUCCCCCCUCCACUACGAACGAGUCGUUCGGUCUGGAGUUCGUGCGUUAUUGACGUCCACCCCGCUCCGCCGCCGCCUCCGCUUUGCCCCUGACGCUGCAACCGCUACCGUCGCCAUGGACCCGGUCAAGUCGGCGGAACUUCAGGCGCAGCUUAAGGAGAUGAGGGCGGAGCUGAAGGAACGAUCUCUCCCCGGCGCCAAGGUCACCAAGGGUCCCCCCUCCGAGAUCCUCCCUUUUCUCGCGGAGGUGGUGAAGAAGAACAGGGCGGAGCUGCGGGAGGCGUACAGCAACCUCGAACCACCCAUCCUCCGUCUCAACUCCCGGCAAGACCCGUGCGCAUCACCACCAGCUUUCUCUGAAGAUGGAGAGGGAAAGGAAGCAUAAGAACUACUUCUCCAUGAGGAAGUAUAAUAAAGGCCUAGGUCAGGACUGCGAUGCAAAGCCUAGCAUAGUGUGGAAGUAUUUUGUGUUUGCUAUGUUGUUACCUGAAAUGCCUAGAUUGGUUUCAGUGGCAUAUUCUAUUGACACUGAAAUCUUACAUGUUUCGUGGGAGCUUUGCUUUGUCUUUGUGAAAUCUUACUUGUUUUGUGGAUGAGAAUGAAGUUGUCCUGCUUUUGCUCCAAAUGUUUCUAUUUCCAUCUUCCAUGCUAGACGGCUACUCAUAAUAACACUUUUAAACCCAUA